AUGAAGCAAUCAAUGGUAUAGGUGGUAAAAGGAUGACAAUCACAUCAUCUCAAGAGAGCGAAAAAUCAGCAGAAAAGAAGGAACGGAGAAAACUUUCGUUGUCUUUAAAAAAGACUGAUCUACCACCACCAUCUCCGCGACAGCAGACAUCACCACAGCCUCUCUAUCAUGCAGAUCAGCCGAUGAGACUUCAGCAUCAAGCAGAUCAGCCGAUGCCACUUGAGCAUCAAGCAGAUCAACCGAUGCCACUUCAGCAUCAACAAGAACUGCAAAUGUCACUACAGCAACGAGCACGACCGCGUAUAUUGCAUGACGAAAUGCUCAACGAUCCGCUUAUCGUGUUCGAUAAGAAAGCAAAUAUGCGAAACAAAUCUGAAUGAUAUUUUUCAAUAAAUUUUUGUAAUAAAUUUUUGUAAUAAAUUUUUGAUAAGAUAAUUGUAAAAAAAAAUAAAAUAAUAAUUAUAAAAAAAAUAAAUAAACAUAAUUUU